AUGGCUCCAGCUAGAUUACUUCCCGAGCGUGAGCUGAUUUGCGAGCCAGCGACAAGCAGCCGAACAUUCAAGCGCGAGCAGUAUGCCGUCGACUUGUGUGUUUGUGGUGGUGGGCUAUCAGGAGUAACAACCGCUAUUACAGCCGCGCGGCAAGGUGUUAAAGUUAUUUUGAUCCAGGACAGGCCAGUUCUAGGUGGCAAUGCCUCGUCGGAGGUCCGUCUUUGGAUCUUGGGUGCAACAUCGCACAUGUUCAAUAACAACCGCUAUGCACGCGAAGGUGGGCUCGUUGAUGAGAUCCUCACUGAAAAUAUGUUCCGGAACCCAGAGGGCAACCCUGUUAUACUUGACUCUUUGUUACUGGAUAUGCUCGGUUCCGAAAACAACAUUCAGCUUUUGCUUAAUACGACACUAGUUGGUUGCGACAAAAAGAGCGACCGUCUCUCGAGCAUCCAAGCGUUUUGUUCCCAGACGUCGACCGAUUUUGAUAUCAAGGCUGGCUUGUUCGCCGACUGUACUGGGGAUGGUGUCUUAUCAUUCCUGGCAGGCGCACCAUUUCGCAUCGGCGCUGAGCUGAAAAGCGAGUUUGGAGAACUAUUUGCACCAUCGGCAGAAUACGGUCACUUACUCGGUCAUUCCAUCUACUUUUACUCCAAAGACACAGGACGGCCGGUGAAAUAUGUCGCACCAUCAUAUGCUAUCAAGGAUAUCGAGGCCGAAAUCCCACGCUACAAAACAUUCUCCGUCAAAGAGAUGGGGUGCCAGCUAUGGUGGAUCGAGUAUGGAGGAAGACUAGAUACCAUACAUGACGCAGAAAAAAUCAAGUGGGAAUUAUGGCGUGUGGUAUAUGGUGUUUGGAAUUACUUCAAGAACUCCGGCAAGUUUCCACAGGCUGAGAAUCUCACACUCGAGUGGGUUGGCAUGAUACCAGGCAAGCGAGAAUCACGACGAUUCAUUGGCCCAUACAUGAUGAAGCAACAGGACAUCAUCGAACAGCGCUAUCACAGUGAUGCAGUCUCUUAUGGGGGCUGGUCAAUCGAUCUGCACCCUGCCGACGGAGUCUUCUCAGAAAUUGACGGCUGCACCCAGUGGCACUCCAAAGGGGUCUACCAAAUUCCGUUCUCUUCAAUGUUAUGCUCAGAGAUCCCCAACUUGCUCUAUGGAGGCCGUACCAUAUCUGCCUCACAUGUUGCUUUCGGUUCAACCCGCGUUAUGGCAACGUCCGGAAACAAUGGUAACGCACUUGGUAUGGCGGCAAGCCUUUGCAAGAAGCUCCAAGUAGACCCGGUCGCGCUUCUGGGGAAAGGCAAUAUGCAACUCUUGCAACUCGACCUCAUGCGCCACGGACAAUUCAUCCCUGGGUACAAACUGCGUGAUCCGCUAGAUCUCGUUUUGGAGUGUGGUGAAGUCACAGCCACCAGUGAAUUUAAGCUUGAGCGCCUCACAGCUGACGGACCACCAAAAGUACUGACGAGAAGCCUGGCACAGAUGAUACCCUUGCCGAAAGGACCUGUUCCUAUCUUUGAGAUAGAUGUCCAAGCAGUUGAGGACACCACUCUGACAGUGCAGUUGCGUGGAUCACAACAACCUUAUAACUACACGCCAGAGGUACUACUUGGGGAGAGAAGCUUCAAGCUCACUGAGGCCGACUCGAAGUUACGUAUCGAUUUCUCAACUGAUAAUCCACAAGAUCAAUACGUAUUUCUCUGCCUGAUGGAAAACGAAGCUGUCGCGGUGUGCACUACGUCCACCAGGAUUUCUGGUUUCAUGACCGUUGAACACGAAUGCACUCAAGAUCCUCCACCUGGCAUCGGCAUUGACAAAUUCGAGCGUUGGACACCUGUACGUCGUCCGAUGGGCCAUAACUUGGCUUUGACGAUCACACCACCGAUACAGGCCUGGAGUCCAGCCAAUGUCCGUAAUGGCGUUGCGCGUCCAACUAAGAGAGCUAAUUGCUGGGUACCAGCAGGAUAUCCUGCAAAGGAGGCGGAGGUACUGACAAUACGCUGGUCUAACCCGGUGGAUAUCACCCGUGUAGUAGUACGCUUCGACACCGAUUUUGAUCACGCCAUGGAAUCUGUUCUUCGAGGCCACCCAGAGUCAUGCAUGCCAUUUUGUGUACGAGAGUGGCAGAUUCUCGACUUCGCAGAUCAGCUCAAUGAUGGGCUACCAAGCGUUAUUUAUCAUGAAACGGACAAUCAUUCAGCGCAGAGAGAGAUCAUACUACCUCAGUCUGUGCACACCGAUGCCAUCGGCAUCAGACUGCUGAAUAUCAAUGGCGGCAAGUCUGUGCGAGGAGGAGUCUUUGAAGUUAGGGCUUACACGGAGUGA